AUGCCGGCUUCGCCUCAUCCGGCGAGCAUCUCGCCGUGUUUCCGGGGACAGCCGAGGAGUUGGUUCCUACGGUAUUGCAGGCUUGUGGAAAACCGUGAGGCAGAACGUGCUGACCACCUCUUCCUUAACUCGGAUUUGCUCGUCUUAGAUUUUAUUUUUCUCUCUAAACGCAUCGCACGUAUUUUCAAAUCGCAGCAAAUUCUUGCCAACGAUUACGUGGAUAAGCCUUUGGAAAAACCUCUAAAGCUGGUCCUUAAAGUUGGAGGAAGCGAAGUGACUGAACUCUCUGGGUCAGGGCAUGAUUCCAGUUACUAUGAUGACAGAUCAGAUCAUGAGCGAGAACGACAUAAAGAAAAGAAGAAAAAAAAGAAAAAGAAGUCUGAGAAGGAAAAAGAAAAGCAUCUAGACGAUGAGGAAAGAAGAAAAAGAAAGGAGGAGAAAAAGAGGAAAAGGGAGAAAGAACAGUGUGACACUGAAGGAGAAACUGAUGACUUCGAUCCUGGGAAGAAAGUGGAGGUUGAGCCUCCUCCAGAUCGUCCUGUCAGAGCAUGUAGAACUCAGCCAGCUGAAAAUGAAAGCACGCCGAUCCAGCAAUUACUAGAACACUUCCUUCGCCAGCUUCAGAGGAAAGAUCCUCAUGGGUUUUUUGCUUUUCCGGUCACGGAUGCCAUUGCUCCUGGAUAUUCCAUGAUAAUAAAGCACCCCAUGGAUUUUGGUACGAUGAAGGAAAAAAUUGCAGCAAAUGAAUACAAGUCAGUCACUGAAUUCAAG